CACCGACAGCAGACCUGGAACAUUACUGGGACGUUUGAACUCGAGCUACAGCUCGAGAACCGGACCCUGGUCGGACAGACGGUCAGCAGCGGGGCUCGGUGAGCCUCCGGUGAGCCUCCGGUGAUCCGCCGUGUCGGAGCUGGACUUCUUUUCUCUCUUUCGCUCCGGUUUGUUGCUGUGGAAACAUCCGCCCGCUUCUGUCUCCUCUUCUUCUUCUUCUGGUCUUCUUGUGGACAUGAAGCUGCAGGAAGCGACGGACUGAAGAUCUGAGCAGUUCGACUGACAGGCUGUCAGGCUCCUCAUCAUGCUGUCCCGCCGACCACGCCCUCUACUGCUCUUCCUCUUCCUUGUGGAGUCCUCCCUCUCUGCCGAUAACGCCACGGUGAGUCUUCAGGAGGUAACUCUGGCGGCCAUCUUGCCUCUGACCAACACGGACUAUGCGUGGGCGUGGCCUCGCGUGGCCCCGGCACUCCACCAGGCGGUGCGGCGGGUGAACUCGGACCCUUGGCUGCUGCCGGGCCUGAAGCUCCAGCUGGUUCACCGCAGCUCCGAGAACCGCGAAGGCUUCUGCUCGGACUCCAUGGCGCCGCUGGUCGCGGUCGACCUCAAGCUGUCCCACGACCCCUGGGCCUUCAUCGGCCCCGGCUGCGACUACUCCUCCUCACCCGUCGCCCGCUUCACCACCCAUUGGGAGGUUCCCAUGGUGACGGCCGGCGCCCGCGCCAUCGGUUUCGAACGCUAUGCAGCGGUCACCAACACCGGCCCCACCCACAAGAAGUUGGGCGAGUUCGGCAUGAGGAUCCAAGAGACGUUCGGCUGGCGGCAGCACGCCAUGCUCAUCUUCAGCGACAACAAGGACGCCAACGACGACCGGCCGUGUUACUUUGCUGUGGAGGGGCUCUACACGCUCCUCGGUAAUCGCAACAUCACAAUCCGUGACCACGUCAUAGAGGCGGACAACGUCAACUACAAGUCGGUGGUCCAGGAGAUCCGUGACAACGGCAGAGUGGUUUACCUGUGCUGCUCCUGGGACAUCUUCAGGACUCUGAUGGUCCAGUUCUGGAGGGAGGGGGUAGAGAUGGAGCACUAUGUCUUCUUCUUCAUUGAUCUUUUUGCUGAGGGUUUGCGGGGGCGGGACCCCGUCAGGCCGUGGUACAGAGGCGACCAGGAUGACUUCGCCGCCCGUCACGCCUUCAGGAGUGUGAAGGUCCUGACCUACCUCGAGCCUCAGAAUGCAGAAUAUCUUGAUUUUGUUGAAACUCUGAAGAUCGACGCGAAGAAAAUGUUCAACUUCACCAUCGAAGACUCUCUGUAUAACCUGAUAGCCGGGGGCUUCCACGACGGAGUGAUGAUGUACGCUCAGGCCCUGAACGAGACGCUGAGCGAGCAGGGAGCGGGACCUGGACCGGGAGGAGUGCGGAGGCCCAGAGGAGACCCGGUGACCAGGAGGAUGUGGAACAGGACCUUCCCAGGAGUGAUGGGUUCGCUGGAGAUGGACGAGUUCGGGGACAGACAGACGGACUUUGCCGUGUGGGACAUGACAGACAUCGAGUCUGGAGACUUUCAGGUGGUGUGUGUGUAUAACAGCAGUAUAAAACAGCUGGCCAUGCAGAAUGGGCGGAGCUUCCAGUGGCCAGGUGGUGCUCCACCUCCAGACGUCCCAGAGUGUGGCUUCAAGAACGACAAACCAGCCUGCCUCGCACGUACUGUUUCAAUGCAUCAGAUGGUUGCUAUAGUGAUCUGCUUUGUCUUCGUCAUCAUUGUUACUGUGACUGUCUUCAUCUACAGGAAGUUGAAGCUGGAGAGCGAGCUGGCGGCUCAGCUGUGGAGGGUUUCCUGGGAUGACGUUCAGAUGAGCAACCUGGAUAAAGUCCUGAGGAGAGCCUGCAGCAGACUCACCAUGUCUCUGAAAGGCUCCAACUGUGCCUCGCUGAUGACCAUGGAGGGAAACUUCCAGAUCUACACCAAAACCGGAUACUACAAGGGAAAUCUGGCAGCCAUCAAGUAUAUCAACAAGAAACGUAUUGAACUGACCAGGAAGGUUCUGUUUGAACUAAAGCAUAUGCGUGACGUGCAGAAUGAGCACCUGACUCGCUUCAUCGGCAGCUGCAUCGACCCGCCAAACAUGUGCAUCAUCACAGAGUACUGUCCCAGAGGCAGCCUGCAGGACCUGAUGGAGAGUGACAGCAUCACUCUGGACUGGAUGUUCAGAUACUCUCUCAUCAAUGACAUUGUCAAGGGCAUGUUGUUUCUCCACAACAGUGUCAUCGUAUCCCAUGGCAACCUGAAGUCGUCUAACUGUGUGGUGGACAGUCGCUUCGUCCUGAAGAUCACUGAUUAUGGUCUGCAGAGUCUGCGGACCAGCAGCUGCCCUGAGGACACACAUGCUUACUACGCACGUAAGCUGUGGACGGCCCCUGAGCUGCUGAGGUCAGAGUGUCCCCCUUCCUGUGGAACUCAGAAGGGGGACGUUUACAGCUUCAGUAUCAUCCUACAGGAAGUAGCUCUGCUGAGAGGAGUGUUCUACCUCGACACACACACUCUGACUCCUAAAGAGAUUGUUCAGAUGGUGCUUCAGGGCGAUGUCUCCCCCCUCCGGCCCUCCCUCUGCUUCCACAGUCACAGCGAGGAGCUCGGAGUCCUGAUGCAGCGCUGCUGGAGUGAAGAGCCGAGCGAGAGACCCGACUUCAACACCAUUAAGAUCCUGCUGAGGAAACAGCACAGGGGUUAUGGUUCAAACAUCCUGGACAACCUCUUGUCUCGUAUGGAGCAGUACGCCAACAACCUGGAGGAGCUGGUGGAGGAGAGAACGCAGGCAUACCACGAGGAGAAACGCAAGGCUGAGGCCCUGCUCUACCAGAUACUACCACAUUCUGUGGCCGAGCAGCUGAAGCGAGGUGAGACAGUUCAGGCCGAAGCUUUUGACUCUGUCACCAUCUACUUCAGUGACAUCAUCGGCUUCACUGCCCUGUCUGCUGAGAGCACCCCCCUACAGGUUGUGACCUUGUUGAACGACCUCUACACCUGUUUUGAUGCCAUCAUUGACAACUUUGAUGUUUACAAGGUGGAGACCAUCGGUGACGCCUACAUGGUGGUCUCUGGUCUGCCGGUGAGGAACGGUAAGCUCCACGGUAGGGAGGUGGCCCGGAUGUCUCUCGCUCUGCUGGACGCCGUCAAGAGCUUCAGGAUCCGACACCGAGCCAAUCAGCAGCUCCGGCUUCGCAUCGGCAUCCACAGCGGUCCAGUGUGUGCAGGUGUGGUCGGGCUGAAGAUGCCCAGGUACUGUCUGUUUGGAGACACAGUGAACACAGCGUCACGCAUGGAGUCCAACGGAGAGGCGCUGAAGAUUCACGUGUCGGAGGCGACUCGUCAGGUUCUGCAGGAGUUCGGCUGCUUCCAGCUUCAGCUCAGAGGAGAAAUCGAGAUGAAGGGAAAAGGACACAUGAGGACGUACUGGCUGCUGGGAGAGAACAACACCAACUGACGGAGGAGAGGAUGGAGCAAUGGAGGAAGAGACAGUUCAGUUAUCUUAAUGAAGGGAGGAACGUCAGUGACGGACACUCCGCCUACCAUCCCAUCCUUCAAUGAGCCCCGUCUCCAACAGAUUCUGUUAAUAUUCGACUAAUUAGCAUCAGCGAAUGUGGCUUGAAAUCAACCGAAUGACGCCAUGUAUCAACACAAUGAGGAAAUACUGUUAAUUAAUGUAAAACUUCAAAAGCUUUACUCGUUGCAAAGUGUUGACACUGAACAAACCAUUGAAACAGGCGGCGUUAGGACACGCUGUCCUCUCGGGACAGUGUUCAGACACCGCAGCACCUGGUUGAUGUUUAUUAAAGAUCCUGGUCUGUUCUAAUGCAGACCAGUCCGCAGCUCCCAGGAUCUGUCUCUGGCCUUUAACAAAGUGCUGCUGUGGUCUGAACCCGACCACUGUCUGGACGUGGACUCUGGACUCUGAUGUCUCAGGCCGACCUCCUCCCAGCGACGCCCGCGGGACUUCAUUCGCUCAAAGAAUCGAUGACUGUGAACAUGGAGACAGAGCCGCAUCAAAAACCGGACUGACAGACUGACCGAUGAUAGACACAACCAGCUGGAGUUAAACCCCUCCUCCUCCUCUCUGAUUGGACAUUUACCUCUGACAUCAUUUAAAGUGGGAGGUUUUGAUCAGGAAGGAGAUUUUCUUUGUACAAAAAGUGUAAAUACAACAAAUAAGUGUGUGUUUCAUGAUGUGUGUUGUUCUUGUCCCGGCUGGAGAAAUACUUCACUGAAAGUACUGCUCCAUUUAAACCCAAGAGAGAAAACAUUUUUAUUGAUUAUUGGAAACUUUCUUUCUCGCUGCAGAUGUUGCUGACCAGAAAUGAACUGAAAUGAUUUAAUUGGAAAUGUACCAAUUAACAUGUUCCCUAAAACUGGUUCCACUUCACAACAUCAGUUUUUGGGAAAUAAUGUGGACAUGGAAGGAGCUCUGCCAGCCGGCUAACACUGUCACAUUUACAGAAAUGUUAUGAAUGUGUGUUGUCCAAUUAAAUAAAGAAAGACAGA